AGUAUGACACCUGAUUAGCCUUGAACAGCUGUUUUGCCAUACUUCGUUAGUCUUUUCUGGUUCUUUACUUGUCUAUAUAUUAUUAACUGUCUUACUUAAUAAUUUAAAUGGCCAGUCAGACUCAAGGGAUUCAGCAAUUAUUAGCGGCUGAGAAAAGAGCUGCUGAAAAAGUUGCUGAGGCGAAAAAACGCAAGGCUAGGCGUCUAAAGCAAGCCAAAGAAGAGGCCCAAGAAGAAAUUGAAAGAUACAAGCAAGACAGAGAGAAACAGUUCAGGGAGUUUGAAGCUCAGCAUAUGGGCUCACGAGAAGAUGUUGCAGCAAGGAUAGAUGCUGAUACACGCCAAAAGAUUGAAGAAAUGAAUGAAGCAGUUAAUGCUAACAAAGAAGCGGUUAUUCAAAGAAUUUUGGAAUUGGUUUACGAUAUCAGACCAGAGAUGCAUAAGAACUACAGAGCACCAAACUAAAUAUAUUUAUCACGAGUUUUCUCUAUUUCUCUUUAUUCCCUUAAAAAUUGUCUGUAUUAGUAGUUAUGGUGUUUGGAAACCUUAAUAUAGAAUAUCUUCAUGUAAAAAUUAACAAUAUAUUUUUCUUUUUUCCUGAUGUACUGUAUUAUAAUAUUACAUUCCAUUUUGAAUAUACCUAUAAGGAUUAUUUAAUUAUAUCGAGAUACUGUUAUAUCUAUUUACUCUCAAUGUUUUUGUCCUCCUGUAAUAUUAAAUAUUAGUUAUUGUUUUAUGCUAAUAGACUAUUAGGACUUUAUUUUAAAGUAUGAGAUAUUUAUGGCUAUGUUAAAAUUAUAAUUACAGAUGAAGUUACUGAAAGAAUGUUUGUUUCUUUUUAUUAAUAACUAUGUCCGCUUAUAUCAUAGCUUUCAUUUCAUUUAUGGACAUCAGAAAUUUUUGAAUUCAAUGUUCAUUAAUAAAUGAAAAUACUUAUAAGAUUUUAUCUAACUAUGUAGACAAUAUGUAUAAAUACCAUUUUCAUCAUAUUAAGAAUAUGCAAAGUUUCUUUGAAUGAAGAAUGUUAAUUGAAAAGUCAUCAGUGCUGAACUUGCUGGUAAAAUUCUUAGGGGUAGACCUAAAUAAAAAUGAGAGAGUAGAUGUUAAGUCUGACAUGUUGGUUUUCUUUUGAAGGGCAUGUAAUUAUGGUAAUUUGUGGUAUGUA